CCAGGAGCAGGAGAUUUUUCCAGGUAUCCCACACGGGUGCAGGGGCCCAAGCAAAUGGGCCAUCUUCUACUGCUUUCUCAGGCCAUAUAGCAGAGAGCUGGAUCAGAAGUGGAGCAGCUGGGACUCGAACUGGUGCCUGUAUUCGAUGCCGGCACUGCAUGCAGCGGCUUUACCCGCUAAGCCACAGCGCCGGCCAACAUAUAGAAUCUUAAAUAAUGUGCAUGAAACAAAGUUUCUUGAAGUAUAAUUUCCACUUGUGUCAGCACUCAGAGUUUCAGAGUUUGGAGCAUUCUGGACUUUGGAUUUUGAGAUUAGGAAUGCUCAACCUUAACCAAUUUUGUCCACAAUGGCUAGAGAACUCAGUAAGCAAACAGAUGUCAUUUCAGCAUCUGUGUGUGAAAACUGCGUAAUUCCAGCUUUUAUCUUCUCCAAGAAUGGAGCUAAUUCCCAAACUGCUUGCUGGGCUCAUGCUGCUGACUUUAUGCGUGGAAGGCUGCUCCAGCCAACACUGGUCCUACGGGUUGCGCCCUGGCGGAAAGAGAAAUGCUGAAAAUUGGAUUGAUUCUUUCCAAGAGAGAGCCAAAGAGGUUGAUCAGCCUGUAGAACCCCAACGCUUCGAAUGCACCAUCCUCCAGCCACGCUCCCCGCUCAGGGGCCUGAAAGAAGCUCUGGAUAGUCUGAUUGAAGAGGAGACUGGACAGAGGAAGAUUUAAGUCUACUGGGCCAGAAGGACAGACACAUAAUCCUGAUGCUGAAAUUUGUGACCCUUGAAAAAAUUGUGAGAAUUUCAGAACUAAGUUGCAAGUAUUCAUAAUAAAGUGCUGUGU